AUGAAAACAGCCCGAACCAAGAUCGAUGUGUUCAAGGGGACGUUGACAAUGGAAUUUGAUGGCGAUAUCAUUGAUUUCAAUAUUUCUGAAGCUAUAAGGUACCCUGUUGAUGAUCACUCGUGUUUCUCUAUUGAUGCAUUUGAUUCUUUGGCGCAGGAAUAUCUCGAAUACCUAGAUAGGGAUGUCCUUGAAACCACCAUUGUUCAAGGAAUUGAACUCAUAAAAAAUGGGGCCGAACGUAAUCAUGAAGAAAUUGGCGAGAUGGUGGCUACCCUUGAGUCACUGCCACAAUAUGUUGGUAAGUCUCCAAUCCCAAUCCCAAUUCCCAUUUCUACUAACAAGUUGUUACCUUCGGUGAUUCAGGCACCCACUCUCGAGCUUAAACCGUUACCGAAUCAUUUGAAGUAUGUCUUCUUGGGAGAUAAAGAGACUUUGCCCGUCAUAAUCUCUUCAUCACUCAUGGCAGUGGAGGAGGAAAAACUAGUUCGGGUGUUGCAAGAGUAA